AUGGUUGCCCAUGGUAUGAAGACACAUGCCAUUAUGCUGCAGAAAAUGGUCAUUUUGAAAUCCCAAAGUAUGCUCAUGAAAACGGGUACCCAUGGGAUGAAAACACAUGCAGCGGUGCUGCUGGAAGUGGCCAUUUGGAAAUACUCCAAUAUCUACAUGAAAAUGGAUGUCCUUGGAAUGAAACCACAUGCAGCCGUGCUGCUUCAAGGGGGCCUUUGGAAAUCCUCCAAUAUCUACAUGAAAAUGGAUGUCUUUGGGACGACACAACAUGCACAUUCGCUGCAUUUUGUGGGCAUUUGGAAGCCCUUAAAUAUGCACAUCAGAACGGCUGUGGAUUGGAUGAGGAUACAUGCCGCUAUGCUGUUUACAAGGGUGAUUUGGAAAUGGUAA